AUGGCCGGCAUUCAGGAUAAUGAGAUAAGGGGUAAACUCGAGGACCCGAUCAUCAGGCCUAGUGAGGACAAGGCACCAAAAAGUCCCCCUACACGCGAUAUUGAUAUCGAUCACUCCCCUGACUUCGUUUCCCUAUUGUCUCUACUUGACCAGUACUUCAACAAUGAAUAUUUCCCAGCAGAUGGAAAGACUCCCAGAAUCUUAGCAUCUCAGUAUCCGGCACUGGCGAUGCAAGGUGCCAGCCUUGGACAUGGACGUACGUAUUCUGUCUGGCGAUUGCCUUACAAAGGAUCUCUAUAUGCCGUCAAGCGCCCCCGAUUAUCCGAAAGGAGUUAUAACGGGGCAUUAAAACUCAUGCUUAACGAAUUGAGAGUUUUGACUCUUCCGCCUUUGGUAUCCCAUCCAAACAUUGUAGGUUUGGUAGGUGUCGGGUGGGAAUAUCAGCCAUAUUUCGAAGCGAAUGGCGCAUCUUUACCAUAUCUCAUCGUUGAGUAUUGCGAAUAUGGUACACUUGCAGAACUUCUCGCCAGAGUGGAUGAUUUGGAUCUUCAAGUCAAGCAGAGACUGAUUCUGGAUGUCUCAUGUGGGCUCUCAGCAUUACACCAAGUUGGUAUCGCGCACUGUGAUGUGAGAUGUGAGAACGUCCUCAUUGCACCGCAUCCACAGCGACGUUAUGUAGCCAAGAUAACCGAUUUUGGCUCAGCAACCACUGAUGUUGGCGACCUUAACGAUCUGGAUGAAGCCGGAGCACCUCCAGUUUCUUUUCCUUGUUGUGCACCAGAAGCCUAUGAUUUUGUUGAAACAUGUCAUUUGAAACUACUCGAUAUUUAUUCUUUUGGUAUAGUAGCCCUUUCAACACUAUUGGGUGUGUACAAUCCGUUUGAGAAGUGCUUUUCCGCCUUGAAGACUUCAUCUUGGGAAGUUAGCUUUGAUCAAGAUCUGACAAGUUACCUUAUGGACGAUACAGUGGAUAUACGAGAGAGAGUUCUACAUGUCAAGAAAAACAGCUUCACUGAGACAGUUAUGCUGUGGGUCGUGAGAAGAGAAAUCGUGGCAGAGGGCUUGCACCAUGACCUGUUAGACAAGUUUAUCGAGGCAACAUUGAAUAUAGAUCCACAGGCAAGAGAUAUGGCCACUGCCACUGAACUCAUCCAGAGGUUACUCUCCUCAGAUUCCCCUUCAAGCAGCAUACCACCGGAAGAAGGCAAAAAAAGCACAAGCAUGGCUGGUGAGACUGGGAAGCUUUACGAAAAACAUGUCUGGCAACCGCAUUUCCUUCAAAUGAACACUCGCUUUCAAAGCUUCCCGCUGGUGGCGAGAAAGAAGUUCAUGUUAGACCUUGAGGAGCGAUUCCAUAAGUUUUCAUCUCCCGUCUAUCUUAUAAUGCUGGCGCAUUACUCCCUCCAUGGAGUUGGUUCAGGUUCUGCUCUUCCACAGUCUUCUGGUCUUGACUUUCUAGGCCAAGAAGCCGCAAUUUUUGAUGACGAGGAGAACGACCCUUCGCUAUGGUUCACCGUCUCGAGAUACUUCCAUGCCUUGGGGUCUCCGCUCCCGGAAAUAUCGCCGGAUGCGGAGAUCCUACACCUCUCUUUAGCAGCAAACUCAGGAUCGGUAGUCGCCAUGGAAGUAUUGAGGAGACGUUCUCCGCAGACUUAUUGGGAUAUUAAGAACAGCAUAUCCUGGGAGCUGAGAGGUUUGAACAAGGUAUUUCCACGCAUUGCCUGCAAUAUCGAACCGAUCCAGGAAUUCUACGAUAAUGUCUCAUGGUCCGAUUGUGACUGUGAUCAAAAGGUUGAGUUGCUCAAGAAUUUGCAAAAAGCUUGGGAGGACACGGACCUCUUUCAGCAGACUAAAGAAACCAUGCUUCAUGCUACUGCUGCUCAUGGAUGCCUGGAUAUUGUUGCUGACCUGAUCAAAUAUGAGCUAUUUCAGGUCGAGGUUAGGAAUGUGGACGGACAGACUCCUCUACUUCAAGCCUGUCUUGCUGGUCGAUAUGAUAUGGUUCAGCUUCUAGUAGACAAGGGCGCAGACAUGACGAUCCGAGAUGCGCGUAACGAAAAUUGUCUGCACUACACCUCGUCCUUCCCCCACGCCUACGUUGCCAAAUUCGUUGAAUUGGCUCUCAGCAAAGGCGUUGGUGUCAACGACAUGUGCAGCAGCAACCCCCUCGCGGUUCAGCAAUCCGCAGAAAGAACUUAUUGUCCUGGGACACCGUUACAUCGAGCCAUUUAUGCAAACUCGCUGGCUGCAGUAUCAGCCUUGCUACGCCACGGUGCUGACCCCAAUCUUGGAGCACCUGAGUGGGAUAGGGCAGAUAUAAAGCCAAUAGCCUGGAUUGGCGCGUCCACUAUCAGAAGUGCCAUCACACCACUGCAAUUAGCCGCCAAGUUGGCCUAUUCUGACAUUCUGGAUUCGAUGCUGGAAGCCGCACCCACUGCAGCUACCAUGCACGAUGCAGAUGGAGGAACACUGCUCUGCGCAGUUGAUGAAGACGCUGCCUACGGGUAUUACCUCCAUGGCAAGAAAUAUCCCGAGGCUGUGGCCUCCACCGUGUCUGUACUCAAGAAUCGGGGCGCCGAACUCUCCAAGGCCCUCAAGACCCAAGUUUCUCAUGUGUCAUCAAUAGCCUUCGCCUGCUACGCAAACCGAGUUGACUUGCUCAAAGCAUUAGUAGUGUCCUCCCCCAAGACCGAGUUGGACGUUGCAACAAAGUUCUCGAUUUCUCCACCUCGAAGAAUGAAACCCCUUCACCAUGCUCUGAAACACGGCAACGAAAAGCUCGUUCAAGCUAUCCUAGACGCUGGCGCUUCAUGCAAAGAGGUUGAAGUUGACAACGACUUUGAGGGAACUAUCUUCAUGGCGCUUUGUGUUGGUAUGCCAAAUGGGGUCUCGCUUGCUGCACUGCUCGCGGACAACGGUGCAGCUAUUGACAUCGGUAGUCCAGCGAAUCUCACGCCUCUGUUCGCUGCUGUUAUUGCCAGUCAGUUUGAAUUGGCAGAUUUCUUGAUUUCUCGGGGUGCUGAUAUUUGUCGUCGCAUCGACCACUGCAAUCUUUUGUGGUGGAUGCUCGAGCGGCUGGAUGAGCCUGGAGAAAGGCAACUCACGUACGCCAUGGACAGGAUGGGUUCUGGAUGGGACACUUUUCUCACCAAUAAUGAGGUCAAAUCAUCGGUUUUCAUGGACGUGGCAUACCGAACUUCCAAGGCGUCGAACACAAUCCGCUGGCUAAUGAAAUACUUCUUAGCAAAAUUCGCAAACCCAGCUUUUCGAGACUAUCACACCCCUCAAAGCUUAAAUGCCCUUGACAUAGCCAUCAGCUUGUCUAAUUUUGAUGCCUGUGAGGUUUUGGUUGCGGCUGGUGCUCUGCAAGAUGAGAAAGAUUGGGAGCGAACUCUGCAAUAUGCAGGGGAAUGUGUUUUUGCGCCGAUUCCGGAUACUGUCAAAGAAGCUGGUAUGUCGGCAAUUCGGAGACUCAAAGAUGAUCGACUUAUGAUAGUGGAGAUUUUACAGUCGCGGGGGAAAUUGAAGAGAGAGGUAUUCCUGGGAUUUUAUAUAGAUGGGAAGCUAUUAACACCAGGGCUUAAACUUGCGUAA